AUGGCCGCUCACGAUGAACCCAACGUUGCUCCCUCUGCUGAAAGUUCUCCAAAAUCGGAGACCACAACACCCACCAUCAGUGUAUACGGAAAUGACCUAGAAAAGGGAGCAGACCCCGAAAAGUCCACAGAAAAACCACCUGCAACUGCCCCAGCACCUACAACACCAGCAAUCGGACCACCACCAGACGGAGGUGCGCAAGCAUGGCUAGUCGUGCUAGGAGCCUUUUCAGGACUAUUCGUCAGUUUCGGCUGGAUCAACUGCAUUGGAGUUUUCCAAGCAUACUAUGAAAGCCACCAGUUGAGCGCAUACUCAACCAGCACAAUAACAUGGAUUACCUCUCUCGAGACCUUUGUGAUGUUCUUCUGCGGUCCAAUCUUUGGCACAAUCUUUGACAGUCACGGCCCCCGCAAGAUCCUCUUGCUAGGCACCUUCCUCCACGUCUUCGGUCUAAUGAUGGCCUCCCUCUCAACGGAGUACUACCAAUUCAUCCUCGCACAAGGAAUUUGUAGUCCCAUCGGCGCAAGCGCCAUCUUCAACGCCUCCGUCAACUCCGUCAGUACCUGGUUUGCCAAGCGCCGUGCCUUCGCUCUCGGCGUUACAGCGGCCGGAUCCAGUCUCGGUGGUGUCAUCUUCCCUAUCAUGGUCACCAAACUCAUUCCCGAAGUCGGUUUCCCCUGGGCAAUGCGCAUCUGCGCAUUCUUGAUCCUCUUCAUGCUGGGUAUUGCGAACGCAACCCUCAAGUCGAGAUUGUCUCAUCAGCCCAAACCGUUCGAUAUUUUGGGCUUUGUCCGGCCGCUGGCUGAGUUGAAGUUUGCGUUGACCCUUGCGGCUGCGUUCUGCUUUUUCUGGGGUAUGUUCUUGCCGUUCACUUUCGUGAUCACCCAGGCGGAACGGUAUGGCAUGUCUGAGAGCUUGGCUGGAUAUCUGAUUCCCAUUUUGAACGCUGCUAGGUAUGUAUCUCUGCCCAGGACUGGGAUUACGUUCUCUUCUGACGCGGCUCUUAGUAUUAUUGGUCGUACCUUACCAGGUUACCUCGCCGACAAAGUCGGCCGUUACAAUACGAUGGUAAUCACGACGUUCUUUUCUGCAAUUCUUGUGCUUGCACUGUGGCUGCCAGCUCGAGGAAACGUCCCAGCCAUCAUCUUCAGUGCCCUGUACGGAUUUGGGUCUGGGGCGUUUGUUUCCCUUGCCCCAGCUUGUGUGGCACAAAUUUCGGAUCUACGACAAGUGGGUGUUCGCAAUGGCACAUUCUUUGCAGUAAUUUCGUUUGCGGCUCUGACGGGUACACCAAUUGGCGGUGCGUUGGUGCCGGAUGUGCUGCAUGGUGAUUACACACACCUACAGAUCUUCUGUGGAGUUGUGAUGAUUACGGGAGCUUUCUUGUUUGUUUUGGCCCGGGGUGUUGUCGGUGGGUUCAAGCUGAACAAGGUAUAA